CAAUUUCACUAACGUUAUUACUCUGCGACCGGCGUUUAUGCGACGCAUAGAGCAGCAAUGGCGAGCGGUAAAAAGAGUGCUCUGCUUUCCUCUUUGGCGGACUAUGGAGACGAUUCAGAGCCUGACUCUGACCCCGAGCCAGAAGAGACAGGGGGGCGUGGAAGUGGUCUGGUAUACGGCUAUGGGGAUGAUGACCUGAACCGGACUGAGGAUGCUGAUGAUAAGGUGUCUGGAGAUGAAGACAGCAGAGAGAGCAACUCGGAAAUGGACGAAUCUGACGAGGGGAGGGACGCAGAUGAUGUUGAGAUCUCAGAAGCAGAAAAAAAGGACCCCAAUGAACUUGUUGCCCUGUUCUCAGAGAAAGUGAGGAACAUGUCACCUGAUGAGAUCAGGAUCCCCCCCGAGCCCCCUGGACGCUGCUCGAGCCAAUUACAGGACAAGAUCCACAAGCUGUACGAGAGGAAGCUCCAUGGAGAUUUUGACACAAACAGCCACAUCCAGAAAAAGAAAGAAUUUAGAAACCCAAGCAUUUACGAGAAGCUCAUUCAGUUCUGCAGCAUAGAUGAACUGGGAACCAACUACCCAAAAGAUAUGUUUGAUCCUCAUGGCUGGUCAGAGGACUCUUACUAUGAAGCUUUAGCCAAAGCCCAGAAAGUCGAGAUGGACAAACUGGAGAAAGCCAAGAAGGAACGGACCAAGAUUGAGUUUGUCACAGGGACUAAGAAGGGCACCAACCCCUCAAGCACAGCAGCCUCCACCACCAGCAGCAGCACCACCACCACAGCCACAGCCGAAGCCCAGAAGAGGAAAAGCAAGUGGGACUCUGCGAUCCCCGUGACCCUGGCCCAGCCCACCCUCAUCACUACCACCGCGACCCUGCCUGCCGUCGUUUCCGUGACAACCACUGCCAGCGGCACCAAGACCACUGUCAUAUCUGCAGUGGGCACCAUCCUAAAGAAGGCGAAGCAGUGAGCACACAGAAUGUGCAGAAACAUGCUCGUCUAUAAGAGUGAGUGAUGCUGGAAGACCUGUGUUGUCCUGUGCUCAUUAUUUAUGUGAAAAGAUGCAAAAGGAGGACAAAUGAACUGAUGGGUGUUCAGUGUGCAUUUUUCGAAGCAACCCACAAAUAUGCUCUGCGACACAAAGACUUAUCUAAAGACUUAACUGCCUUCUAUCUCUGGGAUUCUACCUGCACUACUGCAUCAUGAAGCCAAAUUUACAGUUUGGUAAAAAUGCUCACAAGUCCUCUGAAAAUCUUAACGUGUGAUGCAUGCAGAUCUCAUGCUGAUAAAAAAUGUCUGUCAUUAAUUUUUUUAAUAUGUUGGCAACAGUUGUUAGUUUAAGACAGUUAAAGAGAACAAGGGUGCAACAAUGGUUGAAUAAGUGUUGCGAACAGACCUGGUAGAAUUAUCUGAAAGUGUUUAUUUUUCUAUCCAUAGUUUUCAUGUCUUCUGUGGCAAUAAUGUGUUAUGGCUCGACAUGUGCAUCUUUUUUUUUUCCUCAGCUAUUUUUUGUCAUUGGCAUAUUGACUGGCUCUAAGGUAAGAUUUUAUACACUUGUACAUAUGGUGAAUAAAUGGAUCAAAUGUUGCCUUUUC